UUUAUAUCUGAAAGCGCACAUGCUUAUGAUUUGAAAACAACAGAGAAGCCGCUACUAGUGAGUCGGUGUACCAGACGUGUUUUGUCUAUUGGAUAGCGUGGAAUAUGGCUAAAAGACUGCAAAAUCUUGUUGGUGACACAGUAAUUAGACUGUCAGGUGAAAGUGUAGAGGAAAUAAGGGUUGAGUCAUUAUGUGGAAAAGAUUCUGUGAUUGGGAUAUAUUUUUCUGCACAUUGGUGUCCGCCGUGUAGAGGUUUUACACCAAAACUUAUCGAAUUUUAUAAUAAUGAAAAACAGAAAAGGAAUGGUACAAAGUUUGAAAUUAUUUUUGUGAGUUGGGAUAGAGAUGAACCUAGUUUUAAGGAAUAUUUUGCUACAAUGCCAUGGUUGGCUUUACCUUAUGACCCAGACAAAAAACACAAGGGUAAACUGACAAAAAAAUUCAGAGUUCAAGGAAUUCCAAAAUUAGUUCUGAUAGAUGGAGAAAAUGGGAAAACUAUAACUGUUGAUGGUUAUACAUGUUUAACAGAUAAUCCCAAUGGAGAAGGAUUUCCAUGGAGACAGAAAAAGGUCACAGAGGUCAUUAAAGGACCAAUUAUAACCAGUAAUAAAACAGAAGUAGAAGCUUUAGAGGCUCUGAAAGGGAAAUACGUAGGGCUAUACUUCUCUGCACAUUGGUGUCCACCAUGUAAAGCCUUUACCCCAGAGUUGAUAAGAAUUUAUGAGCUGUUAAAGUCAAAUGGAAAGAAUAUGGAGUUUGUAUUCGUCAGUUCGGACAGAAGCCAGGACUCGUUUGAUCUGUUUUUUGAUUCCAUGCCAUGGAUGGCCAUUCCGUUCGGUGAUCCAAGGACAGAAGCACUUAAAGGCCUAUUUGGCAUAGAUGGGAUACCAAGUUUAGUGAUGAUAGAUGAUAAAGGGGAGAUAAUCAACUUAAAUGGAAGGGCAGCUGUUGUAGAAGAUAUUGAUGCAAAGGAGUUUCCAUGGUACCCAAAGCCUCUGAAUGAAUUAACAGGUUCAGCCUCCGUCAUGUUGAAUGAGUCAGCUUGUUUGGUGCUAUUUACAGAAGGGGAAGAUAAUGAUAUAGAUAUGGCUAUAGAUGUACUGAGUGAGUUAGCUAAAGAAGAGAGUGAGAAGGGAGAAGAUCAGGAAUUAUUUUUCUUCUUUGGUGCUGAUGAUGAUAUAUGUUAUAGUGUACGAGAUUUUGCCAGUUUAGAUGACCAGUGCCCAUUACUUGUGAUAUUUGACUUUCCAGAACAGAAAAUAUAUGUAUGUAAAGAGACGGACAUUACUAAAGACAUUGCACGAGCAUUUGUCAAAAGUUAUUUUAAUGAAACUUUAGAAUCUAGACCAUUGAAACCCACAGUGUAAUUUGUGGCAAUUUUUCUAAUGCAGAUGUCAUCAUUAUAUUAAUAGUUUGAGGAAGUUGGAUUUUUCAUUCAGCUUUAUAAAUUAGUAGAAUUCCUGGAGAAUUUGUUUAUUUGAGCAAUAUCUCGAUUUGAGAUUAAACUGAAUGGAACUGUGAGAAUUUAUCAUCUAAUCUGGAUUAACAUACUGUCAUUUGGACUUUGGACAUUGCUAAGUAAAUUGAAAUGUACAGAUUAAAAAUCCAGAGUUGGUUUUUAGUGAAAAUUGUAAUGCAAUAGUUUAAUUGUAUUGAUAAUCAAAAUAUUCAGAACUGGUUUGUAUAAUGUACAUAGAAAUAUUCAGAAGUGGUGGUAUUGAAAAUUGAUAUACAUGUAUCUAGAGCUGAUUUGAAAUGAGGAAAGAAAUAUUCAGAGUUAUUUAUAAUGUAAAUUGAAUUAUCAUAAGUUGAUUUAUAAUGGGAAUUAAAAUAUCCAUGCAGAUUUAUCAUUUAUGAUGAAAAUUGAAAUGUCCAGAGUUGAUUUAAAAUGAGGAAAGAAAUAUACAGAGAUGAUUUAUCAUUAUAAUGUUAAUUGAAUUAUCCUAGGUUGAUUUAUAGUGUGAAUUAAAAUAUCUAGAGCUGAUAUAUAAUGAAAAUGGAAAUAUCCAGAGUUGAUAUAUUUUGUUAAAAAAAUUUAUCCAGAGCUGAUUUAUAAAAUGUAAAUUGAAAGGUCCAGAGUUAAUUUAAAUUGAAAUAUCCAGAGUUAAUUUAUGAAAUUUAAAUUGAAAUAUCCAGAGUUGAUUUAUACAAUGAAAAUUUUAAAUAUUAAGUGGUUUUUUUAUUUUAUUUAAUCAAAAUAUUCAGAGUUGAUUUAUGAAAUGUACAUUUAAGUAUUCAGAGUUGAUUUAUAAUGAAAAUUAAAUUAUCCAAAGGUGUGAUAUUUCAUUCAUGGUUUAUGAAAGUGUUCUGUAAUUUGUAAUUAUUUCAUAUACUUUGACAGUAUAUUUAUUGGUAUAUUCCCUGAAUAUUAUAUUAAUUUGGGAAAAUUCUUAGGUAUAGAGUUUAUGGAAUUCUGAUUUUACACUUAACAAUUAACAAUUAACAAUUCAAUGCAAAUUGUGUAUAUUGUUGUUUCCAUAUUAAAAUUCAUGAUUUGACAACCCCUAAAAUCCACUACAUGUCUAAAUUUACAAUAAGGAGCCACUACUUAUAGUAAAGAGCUAGAGCAGCAUAUCAAAAGACAUUUUAUGGUUGUGUUAAAAAGAUUCAUGGACUGUUUGCAACAUUACAAUAGGUUUCUGUGCAUAUUAUAGUACAUGUACUGAUAUUAUAGUAUUAUUUCCAGGAUAACAUUCACCUGCUCAAUAAAGCAGGGAUGUAUAAUAAAAGGUUGUAAGUUGUAAAUAUUUCCUUCCCAUGACGGACCAUAACUGACAUAAGAUUAGGGGUACCUGCGUCUAUUUCAUUGGUCUGGACCAUGGGACUGAUGGCUUUUAGCACAGACUGCCACCACUUCUAUCUGUAUUUCUGAACACUAAAGGGCUGCAUAAAGAAGUACAGAUCACUUAAACCUAACAACUCUACCAUAGAAGUUUCAAACACCCAUAAGUUUUUCAUAUGAUCUGACCCUUCAGCUUGCA